AUGGGCCAACAACAGUCAAAGAACAGUGAUGGAAGCAGAACUCCUUUGAAAAGCGGCUCCUCCUCCAACUUAGCCACUGAAACACUGCAACAAUAUCCCUCCAUAUCCAAGUCGGAUACAAAAGAAAGCACUUCCAGGUCUAUACGGUCCUCGAUCAGGAGCAAGAUCAAAAACUCGAUAGACGAAAAGAACAAUGACAGUCCAAGAGCUUCAGGCUCGGCCUUAGACGGAGGGGACGCCAGUUCAAUCGCCAGCGGCCGUUCAGGCUCAUCCAGGCCGCCGAGAGAAAAGAUCACCAAUGCGGCUCUGGUAGAAUCCCCGGUCUCGCCCACAGACGCAGAUGAUGAGAUACCCUCUCCAGGUACAAGCACACCAGCACGUCCGCCGUCGCCCACCUCGAAAUCCGUCGGAAAAGGCCACAAGUCGGUAGACCGUGCUCAGCGAACAGGAGAGGUAGGCGCUGUUUCGGAUGAAGGACCACACCAGGCGCACCAUCACUCAUCGGCGCAGAAAGCCGGCGAUUCGAUCCUGGUCAAGCGUGAGAACCAGAUCAAUCCCCGGGCGCCAGAGACCAAGGCUUCUUUACGAGCCAAACUAGCAGAACUGCCCGGUGCAUCACCAGGAGGAGGCAUGGGAAUCGGCGACGUCAAUGAUAUGGACCUUGACGACAUGAUUUCUCGGCUCUUGGAUGCUGGCUAUAGUACCAAGGUUACGAAAGCAGUAUGCCUGAAGAAUGCUGAGAUCACCGCCAUUUGUACAGCUGUACGAGAAGUGCUUCUGUCUCAGCCGGCUUUACUGGAAUUGAACGCCCCUGUGAAGAUUGUGGGCGACAUCCAUGGCCAGUAUAAUGAUUUGAUCCGACUUUUCGAGAUGUGCGGCUUCCCUCCCAACGCAAACUUCCUCUUCCUAGGAGAUUAUGUUGAUCGUGGCAAACAAUCCCUCGAAACGAUCCUGCUGCUAUUCUGCUAUAAAUUGAAGUACCCGGAGAAUUUCUUCAUUCUACGAGGCAAUCAUGAAUGCGCCAAUGUGACGCGCGUCUAUGGCUUCUACGAUGAAUGCAAACGAAGGUGCAAUAUCAAGAUCUGGAAGACGUUCAUCGAUACCUUCAAUUGCUUGCCCAUUGCUGCGAUUGUUGCAGACAAAAUCUUCUGUGUCCAUGGGGGACUCUCGCCCAGUUUAUCUCACAUGGACGACAUUCGUCAAAUUGCCCGACCAACCGAUGUCCCCGACUAUGGCUUGCUCAAUGAUCUACUAUGGAGUGACCCUGCAGAUAUGGAACAAGACUGGGAUUCGAACGAACGUGGAGUUAGUUACUGCUUUGGCAAGAAAGUCAUAGUGGAUUUUCUUCAGAGGCAUGAUUUCGACUUGGUCUGCCGGGCACACAUGGUGGUUGAGGACGGCUAUGAAUUUUUCAACGACAGACUCCUGGUCACCGUUUUUUCUGCGCCAAACUAUUGUGGCGAGUUUGACAAUUGGGGCGCCGUUAUGUCGGUGUCCAGCAAUCUCCUAUGUAGCUUUGAACUCCUGAAGCCCCUCGACUCGAGUGCUCUGAAGAGUCACAUCAAACGAGGCAGGAAUGCACGGCAGAAUAUGCUCAACAGUCCGCCUGCACAAGUAUCGGCCCAGAGUUUCUAA